AUGGGUGAUAUCAAGAUCCCUGCUCUCCAGUACACAUCUCUCGACGAGAUCCCAGAGCGCCAUCAAGGACCGCGAGCCUCAGAUCAAGGAAGCUCUCAGGCGAGACUUGAACAAAGCGAAUAUGAGUGCUACCUAGCUGAAAUUACCGCUCUGGAAAAUGAUAUCAUUUUUACAACCAAAAAUCUACCAAAAUGGGCAAAGGACGAGAAGGCCCCUGACAUCGAUCUCACCUAUUCCCUGAUGAAGCCCACGAUUAGAAAAGAUCCAUUGGGUUGUGUUUUGGUCAUUGGCGCGUUCAACUUCCCCUUUUUGCUGACUCUUGGGCCUGUCAUUGGCGCCAUUGCCGGCGGAAAUACUGUGAUGAUCAAGCCAAGCGAGAGCUCCUCCAACUCCGCUGCUGUGAUGCAAGAGAUAGUCGAAGCUGCCUUUGACCCAGCAUUCGUGACCAUCACCCAGGGCGGCGUUGAAGAAACCAAAGCUCUGCUUGCUCAGAAGUGGGAUAAGAUAUUCUUCACUGGCAGCAGCAGGGUAGGCCGCGUGAUUGCCCAAGCCGCUGCUCCAAAUCUGACGCCCGUCCUGCUGGAGCUCGGUGGCCGCAACCCUGCUUUCAUCACCAAGAAUGCGGAUCUCAGACUGGCAGCGCGACGUUUGCUGUGGGGUAAGACCAUGAAUGCCGGUCAGGUCUGCACAUCGCAGAACUAUAUCCUUGCCGAUAAGGAGGUUGUUCCAAGGCUAGUCGAGGAGUUUGCCAAAGCGUUAAAGGAAUAUUAUCCCAAGGGCCCCAAGGAGUCCCCUGAUUACGCCCGGAUCAUCAAUGAACCCUCAUUUCGCCGCAUCAAAGCCAUGAUCGACAAUAGCAAUGGCAAGAUUCUCCUCGGAGGGGCUAUGGAUGAACAAGAGAAAUUCAUUGAGCCUACUGUGGUACAGGUUGACUCUGUUGACGAUUCUCUCAUUGCGGAAGAGAGCUUUGGCCCGAUAAUCCCCAUUUUACCAGUCGAAAACUUGGACGAGGCCAUCAGAAUCGCUAAUGAUCUCGAUGGAACCCCGCUGAGUCUUUAUCCUUUUGGAACAAAGCAAGAGGCUGAGAAAGUCCUUACUGCCGUCCGGUCUGGAAAUGCUUCCGUCAACGACUCGUACAUGCACAUCAGCAUUCCAACAUUACCGUUUGGCGGAGUGGGCGAGAGUGGAACAGGCUGCUACCACGGACGCAGCAGCUUCGAAGCCUUUGUGCACCGUCGCUCCAUCACCACCACGCCCAGCUGGGUAGAGAAGGCCUUGGCCAUCCGCUACCCGCCGUACGCCGGCAAACUGAGCAAGUUCCUCGGAGUCGGGCUCAUGAAGCCCAACUUUGACCGCGACGGCAGAGAGAAGCUUGGUGUUUUGGGCUGGUUAGUUUGGGUUGUUACGCUGGGCGGUGGACCAAACAAAGCGGGCGCUGCAAGGAGCGCCGCCGUUGCCCUUGGUUAG